UUGACACCUCCUGAGAUUUCCCCUUUCCCAGCUGGUCCUUGGACUGGGCAGCUCCCAUGUGGGGCUGGGAGGUGAUGGCAGGGGCUGGGCAGCUGCAGGAGGGGAUGUGGUUUGCUGGGUGUUGCAGGGAUCUGACUUUGCUCUGACCACAGUAGAUUUGGGCUGGAGAUUGCAGAGAAACCAUCUGAUGGGGUGGAAAGGGGCUGAGCGCAUCACGGGCUUCCUGGGGCUGCAGCCCCCGGCGCAGUUCCUCAUUCUGCUCGCACUCAGGCCUUAGGCUCGGUGGAGCUGGGCUCUAGGGCAUUGGUGGCAGCGCUGAGGGGUCCCCACUGCCCCGUCAUGUCGUCUGCUCUCACCGUCCUCCUCCUCGGCUGCUGGCUGGCCGGGCACAGCGGGGUGUGGGGAGGAAUCGCUCCCGGCGGUCCUCCCCCUGGGAACCGGCACCGCCGUGGCCAGCCAGGGCCCUCAGCUUCUCCAAGGGGGGAUCCUCCUGCAGCUCCGUCUGGAAUUCAGCUGCUGGGUUGGAGAACACAGCCCUGGCUGGUGAUGCCUCAGUUUCCCACUUUGGGACGGAGGCUCCGGCCCAGCCCUCUCAAGCCCCCCCCUCGGCGCUUCGGCCCCCCCACUCAGGAGGUCCCACGUCCCUCGCUGGCUCCGGCUCCGGGUAAGGACACUCUGAGUGCUAUCCGGCCAGUUCUCCAAGUCAUUACCCACUAGCACCUCGGUGGGUGAUUGUG